GCCCGCAUCGCGUUAUUAGAAGGAGAACGUCGUGGAAUUGAAACUAUGAAAGUAAAUCUAAUGAGGCGUGUGAAAAUGUUAGAAUUUGCUCUAAGGCAGGAGAGAAGUAAAUAUUUGGCCGGCAUAUCCCCCACACAACCUGUAACAAGGGAAUCAUCCACUGUAUCAGCUACUGCAAACGAAGAAGGACUACAAAAUAAUUCUCAAUCAACUACUGGGUUUUCUCAGACUUCCGAACAAUCUUCACAACCUUCUCAACAAAAGAGUCUUUUAUCAAGUCGGGAUCCUAAUUAUCGCAUCAAGAGCCGAGAAAUUCUUAAAGC